AUGGCACCAAAUGUACCCGAGAGCUACAACACUUGGGCCCUUCCUGGCCUGAUCCUCGCACAUCACCCUGAAUCGUCAGCAGCGGUGACGCCUGUCGUUAUUGUCAAGCUCCAUCGCCCAGCCGACCGCAAUGGCUUCACAGACGAGCUCUCGCAGGCCCUCAUCACCGCCUUUGACACGCUCUCCGUGGACCCCCGUGUGAAAUGCAUCGUCCUGACCUCGAGCGACCCCACCAACAAGAUGUUCUGCGCCGGCAUGGACUUCAACGCCAAGCACAGGAUGUACCCCUCGUACGACACCCACCGAGACAGCGGCGGCCAGACCACGCUCGCCAUUUACCGGUGCAACAAGCCAACCAUUGCCGCCAUCAACGGCAGCGCGGUCGGCAUCGGCAUGACCAUGACGCUGCCCUGCAACAUCCGCGUGGCGAGCAACAAGGCCAAGGUCGGCUUCGUCUUCAGCCGCAGAGGGUUCAACAUGGAGGCGUGCAGCAGCUUCUUCCUGCCACGCCUCAUCGGGACCGCCAAGGCCCUGCACUUGACCACCACGGGAGCCGUGUACCCGGCCGACCACAAGCUCCUCGAUGAUCUCUUCAGCGAGGUGGUCGACCCCGACCAGGUCCUGCCGACCGCGCUGGCCAUCGCAGAGGAUACUGCAAAGAAUACAAGUAUUGUAGCAUCAAGGAUUAACAAGGACCUGAUGUACCGCGGGCCAAGCACCCCCGAGGAGGCGCACCUGCUGGAGAGCAAGGUCUUCUACGAUCUGGCCAGGAACCGAGACUCGCAGGAGGGAGUCCAGAGCUUUCUGCAGAAGCGAGCCCCGGAUUUCCAGGGCACAAUAGAGGAGGACAGUCCCACGGCGUAUCCCUGGUGGACACCCAUCGAUGUUAGGGAGACCCGCCCCAAGCUUUAG